AUGUUAGACGGCGUUCAGUUGGCCGCGACGAGCCCCGAGGAGAGCGACCUGGUGGUCAUCGGCGGCGGGCCGGGCGGGUACGCGGCAGCCAUCAGAGCCGCGCAGCUGGGCAUGAAGGUCACGUGCGUUGACAAACGCGGCUCGCUGGGCGGCACGUGCGUGAACGUGGGGUGCACUCCAUCCAAGGCACUGCUGGAGUCAUCUCACAUGUACGACGAGGCGCAGCACUCGUUGGCGGCGCACGGUGUGAAGGUGGCGGGCGUGGAGGUGGACCUGCCCGCCAUGAUGGCGCACAAGACCAGCGCCGUGGCAGGGCUCGCCAAGAACAUUGAGGCACUGCUCAAGAAGAACAAAGUCACGUACCUCAAGGGCCAUGGCAAGAUGAGCGCGCACGACCGGGGAGACGGAGGGGAUGCGUGCUUGCGCCUGCGCCCUACCUGUCACGUCAUUACCUGGUCUCGUCCGUACGCGCCUGUUGCGUGCCUCCCGCGCGCCUGCAGUCCGCGCCUGCUGUGCCCGCCGAGCGCCUGCCGUGCUUGCCGCGCCCGCCCCGUCCGCACCUGCCCUACCCCCUUCGUUCGUCCCGUCCGCGCAUGUUGCGCCUGCUGCGCGCCUGCCGUCCGCGCCUGCCGCGCCCGCCGAGCGACUGCUGCCGCGCCUGCUGCGCCUGCCGUGCCAGUCGCGCCUGCCAUGCUCGCCGCGCCAUGUGUGCAUUCGCCUCCCGUCCUCGCUCGUCCGCGUUCAUCGCACGUUCGCGCCCUGCCCAUUCGCGCCCGUCGUUCCUUGCGCAUUGCCUGUCGUGUCCGCUGCGCCCUUCCCGUCCAGUUACACUUCCGCUAUGGUGACCCCUAG